AUGGACGGGUUCCUGCGGCAGAGGCAGCGGCGAGCCUACCAGAUCUUCGAGGAGACCAAGCAAGGGCACCUGGAGAGGGAGUGCGUGGAGGAGCGCUGCAGCAAGGAGGAGGCCCGGGAGGUGUUUGAGAACGACCCCGAGACGGAAUAUUUUUACCUGAAGUACUUGGGUUGUAUUCAGAAAUAUGGAUGUGUUCAUAGUAAGCAUUUUUGUUUUGUAUAUUGUAUUCAAAAUUUGCCAAACCAGUGUUCUCCUGAUCCUUGCCACAAAGAGGGGACUGUCAAAUGUGAAGAUCUCAAGGGGGACUUCUAUUGUGAAUGCAAACGUGGCUGGCAGGGAAAAACUUGUGAAAAAGAUAUUGAUGAAUGCAGGGCACAGAACGGUGGGUGCAACCAGCUCUGUCUCAACAGCCUUGGCAGCUACCGUUGCUCAUGCUACAGUGGUUACGCUCUUAAAGACGGCAAAAGGUGUGAAGACAUAGAUGAAUGCACAGCAUCAGCAGACAUCUGUGGAGAAGCUCACUGUAAAAAUUUAAUAAGCUCCUACGAAUGUGUUUGUGAUGCAGGCUACAAGUACGAUGACAUGAGAAAGACUUGUCAGGACAUAAAUGAAUGUGAAGAAAAGCUCUGUGAACAGACCUGUGUCAACUCGCCAGGGAGUUAUACCUGUCACUGUGAUGGCAGGGGGGGAGUGAAACUUUCCCGGGACAUGAAUACAUGUGAGAACAUAAUACCAUGUGUGCCUUUUGCUGUUGGAAAAAGCAUUAAGUCCUUGUACUUGGGGAGGAUGUUCAGCGGCACUCCUGUUAUCAGGCUGCGCUUCAAAAGGAAACAGCUGACGAGACUUGUGGCUGAGUUCGACUUUAGAACCUUUGAUCCUGAAGGUAUCCUUUUCUUUGCUGGAGGCCAUCAAGACAGCACAUGGGUAGUCUUGGCUCUGCGCAAAGGACGGCUAGAGCUGCAGCUGAAAUACAACGGAAUAGGCCGUGUGACCAGCAGCGGACCACUUAUCAACCACGGCAUGUGGCAAACGAUCUCUGUUGAAGAACUCGAAAGAAGUUUGGUUAUAAAGGUCAACAGGGAUGCGGUUAUGAAAAUAGCUGUCUCAGCGGAUCUGUUUACUCUGGACAAAGGACUGUAUCAGCUGAAUUUGACAGUAGGAGGCAUUCCUUUCAAAACAAAGGACCUUAUUCUGCCGAUAAACCCUCGGCUGGAUGGUUGUAUGCGGGCAUGGAACUGGCUGAACGGGGAGGACACCACUAUCCAAGAGACCAUAAAGAUGAAUGAAAAGAUGCAGUGCUUUUCUGUAGCAGGACGAGGGUCUUUCUAUCCUGGCCGAGGUUUUGCUGUGUUUAAUCUUACUUACGUGCAACCUUCUUCUGGAAACGACACCAAGACAAGUUGGGAAAUAGAAGUCAAUGCUGCAAUUCAACCAGCGACAGAUACUGGCGUGCUGUUUGCUCUGGUUACAGAAGAAGCAUCUGUCCCCCUGUCACUCUCUCUGAUUGACUAUCACUCCACAAAGAAACUGAAACAACAGUUUAUCAUCAUGGCCUUGGAGAACACUGUUGUAUCCAGACUGGCAAUAAAUCUCUGCGAUAAGAAGGAACACUCUGUGGACAUCUUCCUCAAGAAAGAUCACUUAUCCCUGAGGGUAGAUGGGAUAGCAGGAGAGAGCGAACUAAGCAUCUCUGAGUUAGAGGACAGUCUGUCUGUCUUGGAGAGCUCUUUGCACUCAACAGUGAACACCUACGUGGGAGGAUUGCCAGACGUUCCUGUGACUUCCACUCCGGUCACCGCGUCCUACCAUGGUUGCAUGACCAUCAAGCUGAACAAUAAGGCACUGGACUUGGAUGAGGCUCUCUACAAGCACAGUGACAUCACCUCACACUCCUGUCCUCCAGUUGAGGCGGGUCAGUAG